AUGGUGCGGUGGAACGAGCUGUUCAAUGGAGAUGGUCAGGAUAGGAGACACAGAGUGCAGGAUGAGAUGAGCGCGCUUUUGCCCACAUCGCGUCGCGAACACCUCCCUCCUCCACCUAUCGACCCCAAGGAUGUUACCAUAGUUGCUCUGCGAUUGAAGCACCAGAUCGAACAAGUCGUACCCUGUGAGCUCGAAGAGGACCAGAUCACCAGGGCGCAUAGCAGCAUCAUCACCGACGCAGUGCUAGAGACUGCGAAGCAAGCUGGAGCUCCCGAGCACAAUGCCUGCGUAGUCUUCUGCCUGUUGCAAGUGAAGAAGUGGUUUAAGAAACAAGCUACCGCAGAGCUGUGGGAUGCCGACCUACACGAAGUCCGCGCCGUGGCGGCAGAGAUCAUGGCCAAGCGCCUGAUCGAGGCCGAAGAGGAUAUCGCAUACCUGUUCGAGGAGGUGCUACUCAAGCGCUACUCAACACUAAUUGAUGGAGAGGCAACCACACCUGCUAACGCCAUUGAAAAGGCCGUCGAUCUCCACGCUGUGACUGUUAUCGGAUCGUCCGGAUACCAGAAGUGCAUCAACUACCUAUGGCGCGGAUGGGUCGUGCAGGAUGAUGAGGACCCUAGUCGCUUCGUCACGUACGAGAACAAGACCAACACCAGCUACUGGGCACAUCUUGAUCCCGAUCGGAUGCGAGUUCCAAAAUACCAGAACUGGGUGCAGAUCGCUGUGUCAGUCAUCUUCCUGGCUCUCUACACUGGUGCUAUCAACACCAUUAACCCCUCUGGUGACUUGGAUGUCGUUGAAGGUCUGCUGUACCUCUUCACUCUAGGUUUCAUCUGCGACGAGGCGAACAAGUUCUGGAAGGUUGGACGAUUCUACAUAUCCUUCUGGAACAUGUUCAACAGUACCUUGUAUGCACUUCUCACGGUCAGCUUCGUCUUGCGCAUGAUAGCUCUCGGACAUCCGGUUAGUGACGAAAAGGACACAAGACGCGAGUACUUGAACAAGAUGAGCUACGACUUCCUAGCUUUCACCGCCCCCAUGUUCUGGAUGCGUCUGCUGCUGUACCUCGACACCUUCCGCUUCUUUGGUGCCAUGCUCGUCGUGCUCAAGGUCAUGAUGCGCGAGUCGCUCAUCUUUUUCAUGCUACUGCUUGUUGUCAUGAUAGGAUUUUUCCAAGCUUUCAUCGGUCUCGACAUCGCGGACGACCAGCUGGCAAACGAUACUGUCUUUGUCUUCCAAGCCAUGCUGAACGCCGUUAUGCAGUCUCCUGAAUUCGAGGGCUUCGAUAACUUCUCGCCUCCCUUUGGUAUCAUUCUCUACUACAUCUUUACAUUCGUCGUCAUGGUUAUCCUACUAAACGUCCUCAUCGCCCUGUACAACUCCGCCUACGAAGACAUCACACAGAACGCCAUCGACGAGUACAUGGCUCUCUUCUCACAGAAAACGAUGCAAUUCGUUCGCGCUCCAGAUGAGAACGUCUUCAUCGCUCCCUUCAACCUUAUCGAGAUGUUUUGCCUUAUCCUCCCAUUUGAGUGGUGGAUGGAUGAAAAGCGCUACGACAAACUCAACGACAUGGUCAUGGCAGUAAUCUACUCUCCCCUCCUCCUCAUCACCGCUAUGCUCGAACAACAAGAAGCCUGGGUUGUCAAAGAAAAUCGUCGCCGCGGCGAAGACGACGAAGACACUACCAUGGAGUGGGAACAGGUCCUUGAUGGCUGUGACUUUGAAGCCGAUGGCUGGGACAAGAAGGUCCAGGCUUCACGUCCCAACGUCGAAUUUGAUACUGCCGUCUUAGAGGUCAGACAGUUGAGGAAGGAAGUCGGGGAGUUGAAAGAUAUGCUGAAGAUGUUAGUUGAGGGCAAGAAGGAGGGCUGGGGUGGUGAUACGCUUGGUGAGAGCGGGUUGACCAAAUUGGAUGUGGGAAAAUUGGGCAUGCAGGGAGAGAGCAGCGAAAAUGGGGGAAGGGAUGAGUAA